AUGGAUUCCUGCGAUCUGUUUCCUGAAAUCUUUCCGAAGACUUCUUCUCCUUCGCACCCACCGCUGUCUCCUCCGGUUACUCAUCCACCUCUUAAGAAAUCUUUUGCCCAAGCUCUCCAUGGAGUCUGUGACAUUCCUGUGUCACAGCUUCCCCCUGUCAUCAUCAAAGGGGACAGGCUCUCUAUCACUAUACCGGAAGAAGAAUACAAAGACGGUCUUCUAGAUUGCAAAAAUAACCUCCAUGGCAGGAUCAUAUGGCCCAAGGGUUCCACUCCACUCACAGUUCUUGCCCUAAAAAACAAACUCUCAAGAGUGUGGUCGGAUAUCAAAAGUUGGGGAGUCCAAUCUAUUGGCAAGGGCUAUUUUGAAUUCUCUUUUUCCAGUGGCGAAGAUUUGAGGAAAGUCAGAGCACAUGGUUCUCUCAACCUUAACCCUGGAACUCUGAAACUUUUUGCUUGGUCAAACGAUUUUAACCCAGCUGCUCAACAUAACUCUUCUGCAUAG